AAAGCCCUCUUCUCUUCUUCAUCAAAAAUGAAGACCCAUUUGUCUCCCUUUGGAGAUAAUUAAAUCUUCACCAUCUUCUUUAACUUAAAAAUCAUAAAAAUCCCAUUUUUAUUUUCAAGAAUCAAGAAAAAGGGUUGUGUCUAAACAGUAGAAUGGGCUGUUUUCUUGGGUGUUUUGGAUCUUCUAAGGACAAGAAACGCAAGAAGCAGAGGAGAUAUGGCAGCCCUCGUCUUCAAAGAAUUGGAAGUCAGACUCUUGUGCAAACUAGUACUACUGAAACUCCUGUGUUAAGCAUCCCAGAAAAGGUCGCCUAUUCAGUACUAGAGUCGUGUGAUGAGAAGUCUGAGGAACAAUUGAGUUUGAGUACGAGGAAGAAAGUUACAUUCGAUACAAAUGUCCAAACAUAUGAGCAUGUUACUGUAUAUGGAAGUACAGAUUUGUUACUGGAUAAGAACGAUGUCAGUGAGAAGGAAAUGGAAGAGGAGGGGGACAAGAAGGAUGGUCUAGCUAGAUCAAGUCAAUCUCGUACAAGUUCCGAGGACAAUUCAACAAUAUCGAGUGUUGGAUCUUACCCUCAGAAUCAUAGGUACAAUAAUUGCCGAGACAGUGAUGAUGAAGCUGUAGAAUCAGAGUAUGAAGAUAGUGAUUUAGAUGAUGAAGAGGAAGAUGAGUAUGGUGAUGAUGAUUACGAUGAUGAGAUUAAUGAUGGAAGUGUGUUGUGUCAAGAAGUGUGGUCGGAGACCAUUCCAGUUGAAUCGAAGGAGUCAAGAACAGGUGUUUCUCUGAAAAGAGUUGGUUCAGAAGAGGUUGAUAGCCCUGUACCCUGUGUAAUGCCUGAGCAGGAAGUUAAAACACUUCUUUUGAAUCGUAAUGCAAGAGACAGGAGUGUUUAUGUUCAUCCUGUGCUGAAUCCAGUGGAGAACCUCAGUCAAUGGAAAGCUGUCAAAUCGAAAGGGACAUCGCUACUAAAUCCACACCAGAAGGAGAAUUCGUUUGCAGAUGGUGAAGCACCUCGGAUUUCGUUGAGCACAGAACCUAGUUUCAAACAAUCAUCAUAUAGUUCCAAGCCUCAAUCCAAUUAUCAGACCAAGAAUCAAAACAAAGAGAUGGCUGUUGAUGCAAGUCUUUCAAAUUGGUUAGUAACACCUGAAAUAACUCCGGAUAAAAAAUCUAGUUCGAUUAAGCUUCAACCUGUGAAUUCAGAAAAAAGCAUGUCCCAAGGGUCAAAUUCAGUGAUGAGCAUAGAAGAUAGGCCAAUCUUAGGUGCAUUGACACUUGAGGAGCUAAACCAGUUUUCAGCAACGUCGUCCUCCCCUAGAAAGUCACCAAGUCGGAGCCCUGAUGAAAUGGUUCUCAUGGGAACUGUUGGAACGUACUGGAAACACACAGGCGAAGCCAAGAAUAGAGGUUCAGCCUCAUCCUAUAAAGGCAUACCAAACACAACCAGCAAGUACAGAGAGGAUAAAAAAGUGAACUGGCAUUCCACCCCGUUUGAGACAAGAUUGGAAAGAGCUUUAAACCGAGGUUCUGCUGAAGCUUAAAUUUUCCUUUAUUUAUUCCCGUGAGAUGGUUUUGUGUGAUACUUUUCUAUGUUGUGUGUGAAUUUUCAACUUAUUUGUUCAUUUGUUGUAAUUCUUUAUUGUACUUAUGAGAUGAUUAUAUAUGAUUCAAUUUAUUUAUAUAAGAUUCCAUCUUUUUAA